ACAGAUCUCGCACUUCUCGGUAUUCGUUAAAUCUUCUUCAGUUCUUCUCCUCUCUCUGCUUCGGAAUUCCUAAGUGUGAUAUAAUGGCCGGAAAAGGUGGGAAGGGGCUUUUGGCCGGCAAGACAACGGCGGCAGCGGCGGCGGCGGCAGCCAGCAAGGAUAAGGACAAGAAAAGGCCUGUCUCUCGGUCUUCUCGCGCCGGUCUCCAGUUUCCGGUGGGCAGGAUUCACCGGCAGCUUAAGACCCGAACCUCAGCCCACGGGAGAGUUGGAGCGACGGCGGCGGUUUACACGGCCGCAAUCCUGGAGUAUUUGACGGCGGAGGUGCUGGAAUUGGCCGGAAACGCCAGCAAAGAUCUGAAGGUGAAGAGAAUCACGCCAAGGCACUUGCAGCUCGCCAUCCGCGGCGAUGAAGAGCUCGACACCCUCAUCAAAGGAACAAUCGCCGGCGGCGGCGUCAUCCCUCACAUUCACAAAUCCCUCAUCAACAAAACCAACAAGGAAUGAUUAUUAUGAUCUCAUCUCAUAUUCAGGGCCUCUGAUAUGCCUUAAUCCUAGCUUCACAUAUGCUGGUGUUUAUUUAGGAUGUUUACUUUAAUUUGUUAGGAUUAACGAACAUUGUUUGAUGGUUAAGGAUACGAUUAACUUUACAUUUGAUAUGAACUAUGUUGUCAUGGAUGUAUUAGUAGGCAUGUUUAUCUAUUCUAGUACCAUGGUCUGUGAGUUAUCUAUAAUAAAAACAAUAUCUUCAGUUUUAA